UCUGUGGUGAUGUUCUGUAACCUAGCACCUGUCAGGUCACCUUCUUUGUCCCUCCCCACCUGUCCCUACCAUCAGCAUGAUGUUUCUGGCUGAGACAGCAAAUGGUGUGAAGAGAUGUAAAGGACAUCUUUCAGCGAAGCCAGAGAGUAGGGGAGUGCUUUCAGAGAGUGUUCUAAUCUAGCUGAAGACAGACACAUUUACUCUUUGCAGAGCUCUGUUUACUGGAUGAAUUGCUUUAAACAGAAUCUGAUUUUUUUUUUUUUUUUUUUUUUUUGAACUGUGUGAAGACAAGUACUCUAACUUUCCGCUGAUGUCAGCUGGGAGUUGGUGGCUCAGCACACCUAAGGGUUAAAUGUCCUGUGUUUCACUGUUAACCUGGGACACUUGUUUCCAGACUCAGGCUAAGGCAUUAGUUUGACACUGAGAAAUCUGAGCUACUUAAUGUAAGUAAACUGUGUUCAAAUUGCUUGACCCUUAUUACAUUUAUACUGGGUCAGCAAGCCACUACUUAGCAAGGUGGGAUAAUCUUGCACUGAGUUUGGGUGACUAACUGUAUUUGCUUUUGCUUUCCACAGACCGACAUUCAGAAUGGCAGCCUUGUCCACUUUAAUCCUCCUUUUGUGUGCUGCUAAAGAUGUGAUGCCAUCCAGUCCUCACUGGAAGCCAACUUGGCCAUCUUACAGAGUUCCCGUUAUCCUGCCGCAGUCUACCCUGAACUUGGACAAACCACAGUUUGAUGCUGAAGCCAGACUGGAAGUGGUAUCUCCAUGUGGCCCAGCAUGCCACAAAAGUUCUCCGCUGCCAACUUACGAAGAAGUGAAGAAUUACCUGUCCUAUGAAACCUUGUACGCUAACGGCAGCCUCACUGAAACUGAAGUGGGCAUAUAUAUUCUGAGCAGCAGCAGCGAUGGGUCUCGAGGCAGAUCUCGAACUAAGAGGCAGAUCUAUGGCUAUGACAGCAGGUUUAGCAUUUUUGGGAAAGAUUUCUUGUUGAAUUACCCAUUCUCCACAUCGGUGAAGCUCUCUACAGGUUGCACGGGGACGCUGGUGGCUGAGAAGCAUGUUCUUACUGCCGCUCAUUGUAUCCAUGAUGGAAAGAGUUACGUCAAAGGGGCUCAGAAACUGCGGGUGGGGUUCCUAAAGCCCAAACAGAAAGAUGGCGGCAAAGGGUCCAAUAUCACCAACUCGGCAAUGCCUGAGAAAAUGAAAUUCCAGUGGAUCCGAGUGAAACGGACGCAUGUCCCCAAAGGAUGGAUCAAAGGCAAUGCCAAUGACAUUGGCAUGGAUUAUGACUACGCCCUGCUGGAGCUGAAGAAGCCACACAAAAGAAAGUUUAUGAAGAUAGGCGUGAGCCCACCAGCAAGACACCUACCUGGAGGGAGGAUUCACUUCUCUGGCUACGACAAUGACCGUCCAGGAAACCUGGUUUACCGCUUCUGUGAUGUCAAAGAUGAAACCUACGACCUGUUGUACCAGCAGUGCGAUGCCCAGCCGGGUGCGAGUGGAUCUGGGGUAUAUGUGAGGAUGUGGAAGAGGCAGAAUCACAAAUGGGAGCGAAAAAUUAUUGGUAUAUUUUCAGGCCAUCAGUGGGUGGACAUGAAUGGCACCCCACAGGAUUUCAAUGUAGCUGUUCGCAUUACACCCCUCAAAUACGCACAGAUCUGUUACUGGAUCAAAGGCAACUACCUUGACUGCAGGGAAGGAUAA